AUGGAGUGUGAUCCACCUAAUACAUCUUUACAUAGUCCCUUUCACUUCGCACCUAUGAUGGUCUCUUUAGGACUGAACAGAGCUCAUAAUAAUGACACUACGAUCAUUAAGGAUGUCAGAUGUGUAGUCGGUUUUAUUCAACCCGAAACGGUUAACGAGAGUAGUAAAAUAACUAAUACAUGUUACGAUAUAGAUAUGGGCCAACAGAUGGUUCAUGAAAAACAGUUGGCCAUUUCAAUCCCAUCAGGUGAUUAUCUUACGACAUCAAAAAAUUUAUCAUCACUUCGUGAAAACAGCUCAGAAAUUGUGAACAUUUUGCCACAUAACACAGAGGUUCACACCGAUUAUUUGAUCGAUUCUCUAAAAAAUAAAAUUUUUGAAACUGUUAAGAAAAUUGAUAACAAAAUCUUUUCCGAUAUUGAUGCUACUGAUCUAACACUUUGGAAGGUAGAGAUCCAUGAUGCUGAUUUUUCAAAACUUGAAUUGAAGAAUAAUGGUGCAGAAAGAACAAAGAAGAUCCAGAAAAUAGUUAGCGAUUAUUGGAAAGAACAACCAUCUACUGAAAUUAUCCAUGUUAUUGUCGAUUCGCCCAGCUUACAUUAUAAACAGGAGAAUGCGGAACUACAAGAAGAAAUUAGAAUCAUACAAGAUGCUAGGAUGUUUAAUCGAUCUUAA